AUGUAUUCCAUUGAUUUGUACAAUUCAUCAUCAUUAACAAGAUUGACGAACAAUGAAGGAAUCGAACAUAAUCUACGGCUAUCAAGUGAUGAGAAACAUAUAUUUUUUCAAGUUUUUCCGAUUACAUCAAGGAAUAGAAAAUUCAAUAAUACACAACCACGAUUAUGCUCAAUUGAUUUAACAAAUGGACAGAUUCAAAAUUGGGGAAAAGGUUUCGAAGGAACUGUUAAUGAUUAUGCUAUUAGAUCUGAAGGUGGUGUUUUUAUAUUGGGACAAUUGGGAACUAAUGUGCAAAUAUACACGCAGCAAUCACCAUUGAAAUAUUUGUUUUUGGAACGUAGUUGGAAUGGAACUUAUCGAUCGAUCUCUUCAUCAACCUCAAAACGAUACUCAUCACUUGCUUUUCUUUAUUCAUCUUUUGAUCGACCAGAAGAAGUUUAUUUUAUUGAUCAUAUCGAUGAACUUCGUUCGGCAAAAGCAAUUACUAAUGAAAAUCAAUUGUUAACAAAAAGAAAUCUACCACGAGCUAAAUUGUACAAAUGGAUAAGUAAUGAUGAUGAUCGUAUGAUUGAAGGCAUUUUACAUUAUCCACCAGGAAAAUUCGAACGUAAAAAUUUGCCUCUUCUCGCUCUCAUUCAUGGGGGUCCUAUUGAUGCCAAUUUAAAUUCUUUUUAUCCAGACUGGUACAGUUGGGCACCAUUAGCUGCUACAGAAGGCUGGUUAGUAUUUGAACCGAACUAUCGAGGUUCGACCGGUUAUGGUGAUCAGUUUCUCAAUGAUAUUACUUUUCAACCGUUGUCUCGACCAGGAAAAGAUAUCCUUGCUGGUGUCGAAUAUCUUGUUAAGGAUGGCAUUGCUGACCCGUCUCGACUUACCAUUGGAGGUUAUAGUUAUGGAGGAUUUCUCACGAAUUGGUUGAUUACACAAACAACACGUUUCAAUGCUGCCCUAUCUGGUGCAGGAGGAGUUGAGCAUGUUUCUGGUUGGGGUACCACAGAUUUUCCUAUAUAUGUCAAUACUCUAUUCGGUGGAUUUCCAUGGGAAAUACCACAAAUUUAUGCCAAAGAAUCAAUUAUGAAUCAGUUAGAUAAGGUGCAUACACCUACACACAUUGUCACUGGCGUAAAUGACAUUCGAAUUCCGCCAGAUCAAAGUUUUAUUUUAGAACGUAGCUUAAAUUAUCUAGGAGUACCGGUUAAAUUAUUACUUUUUCCAAAUGAAGGCAACUCGCUGAACAAUAACCCUUGGCAUGGAAAAAUUAAAGUUCGAGAAGAACUCAAAUGGUUAGAAAAAUAUGGUCAUAUGUCUCAGGUUACAACAACAAACUAG